CCGGGAGGAGUUAACUCACAAAAACUACUCUUAAUUGUCUCGUGUGUCGCAAUUCGUCGUUCAUCACCGAAAUGCCACCUCCAAACUCCCAAUCUCAACCGAAAGCCAAACCACGCAUCUUGAGUCCUCGAGACGCCAAAUCACUCGCCGGUGACCACAAGAAACCCGAGAUCAAACCAGCUGCACCGAAAUAUGCAUCUCUUGAACAGCAAAAAUCAUUAAAUCGGGGCUCUCCCCUCGUCUCCAGGUGGCACCUUCCCUCAGCAUUUUCCCGUCUCCGCGAGCGCUACGCUGCCCUCCCAACCCCCGUUCGACGCACUUUUCGCGUUCUCCGUGUCCUCGCCCCGAUUAUACCAAUCAGUCUCUUCUUCUCAGAGCAUGUCGCACAGAUAAUGUGGGUGCGCGGCCCAUCAAUGACUCCCUACCUGAACGAAGACUACGACCAAAUGCAAACAAAAAGCGAUAUGGUACUCGUGAACAUGUGGCCCUGGGGCCCCGUCUUCCCAUGGGCAAGGUCAAAAAGAAUUGAACGAGGGAUGGUUGUGACAUUCCGAUCACCGGCUAAUUCCAAUCAUAUCGCUAUUAAACGUGUCGUCGGUCUUCCUGGCGACCGUAUCACUACCCGCGAACCCUGCAUGAAACGUACCCAGAUCGUCCCAUUCAACCACGUAUGGCUGGAGGGUGAUGCAGAGGAUCCGCGGAAAACACUUGACAGUAAUACAUAUGGACCGGUCAGCAUCAGCUUGAUUACAGGACGUGUGCUUGGUAUCUUAGGGCCGCGAAUGCGUUGGUUGAAUUGGGAAGACUGGGAGGCUGGGAGGUCAGGUGAGCCGUCAACGGACUCACAGGAGAACUACCGCCAGAGUGUGCGAGAUCGUGUUGUGAAGGAAGCUGUGAAGCUGGAGCGACCGGAGUUCUAG